AUGUCGGAGCUGACGCCCGAGGCCUCCCGCCUGUACCGCGUGCGCAAGACGACGGUCAAGAUGCUGCACAACCGCGGCUACAUCGUGAGCGAGAACGAGCUCGUGAUGACGCCCGAGGCCUUCCAGGCGCAGUUCGGCGACAACCCGACGCGCGAGAUGAUGACGAUCCUCGUGGAGAAGAUCGACGACCCGAGCGAUAAUUUAUUCGUCUUCUUCCCGGAGGACACCAAGGUGGGCGUCAAGCCCAUCCGCAACUACUGCAACCGCAUGAAGGACGAGAACGUGACCAAGGCCAUCCUCGUGGUGCAGGAGGGCAUCACGCCCUUCGCGCGCCAGGCGCUCAACGAGAUGGCGCCGCGCUACAAGAUCGAGCACUUCAAGGAGACGGAGCUGCUCGUGGACAUCACGGAGCACACGCUCGUGCCCGUGCACCGCGUGCUGGGCCGCGACGAGAAGGCCGCGCUGCUCAAGCGCUACCGCAUCCGGGACUCGCAGCUGCCGCGCAUGCAGGUCACCGACCCCAUCGCGCGCUACUACGGCAUGACGCGCGGACAGGUGGUCAAGAUCAUCCGUCCGUCCGAGACGGCCGGACGCUACGUCACGUACCGCGCUGUCAUCUAA